GGACAAGAGGAGCAUGUGAAAUACAGAAUUACAGAUGAAUUGGUUGCAAACUAACAGUUUAAAAUACAGUGAAACAGAAUAGAGAAUAAAAUAUGUCAGUUAAAAAAGUGGCGCAACAAAAAACAGAGGUGUGAUGACAUCCAGAGUCUUAAACUGGUCAGAAGUUAUAAAGUCGGUUCUAAAAGAGACGGAGGUAAAGAUGCUAAAAUGAGUCUGUCAAACCUUUAAAGUCAGUGAAAAGUGUCCAAAUAAAAUGUGAAGGAAGAAGAGGAGAACAAACAGAAUGAAUGUGGCCUUUGUGCAGAUGCUCUGACCCCAACACUUGUUGCUGUUGUUGUUUAUUAAUAAAGACGUUAAACGAGUCUGUUUUUAGUUCUCUAACGAGGCCUGUGAUUCUAGAGAGGGCUGAUAAUUACCCCCUCUGCCUCCUCAGGACAAUCAUGAUGUCACCAGACAGUCAAGCCCUGGAGGACCUGUUGUAUGGCAGUGACCUUGGUGACGAGGCGGAGGGGUCGGAGCUGGGCGCCGGCGGCGGUGGAGGCCCAGCAGGGGUGGAGGAAGGCGCUGCUGCAGACAAUGCUCCGACAGCCGUGUCCAUCCAGGAGCCAAUGAUAUGCGCCGGCUGCGGUGAGCAGGUGUGCGACCGCUUCUUCCUAUUGGCUGCGGGCCGGGUGUGGCACGGCGCCUGCCUCCGCUGCAGCCACUGUCAGUGUGAGCUGCAGACACACCCGUCGCUUUACUGGAGGGACGGAAACAUCUACUGCCAGCAGGACUACUGCAGGAUGUUUGGUGGUGGUCAGUGCGCUCGCUGCUUCCAGCCAAUCCCUGCAUCCGCUCUGGUCAUGAGGUCCGGUGAGCUGACCUUCCAUCCUCACUGCUUCUCCUGCCAGGAGUGUGACAUCAAACUGAUGCCUGGGAACCUGUACUGCAUGCAGGGCCAGAACCUCUACUGUCAGUCACAUUAUCAUGGAGACGGCAGCGUCCCACCGUCCCACGACCCUCAGCCCAAACCACAUCUGACCGAAGGUGAGACUCAAAACCAGGUGUCAGGUGAGGGGGAGGAGUCUGUCAGCAGUCCAGAGCCACGACUGGAUGACCGGGCGGCGGCAGGCGGACGGACCCGCAGGCGGACCAAGAGAAUCAGGACGUGUUUCCGCAGCGAGCAGCUCAGAGCGCUGGAGUCUUAUUUCGCCCAGAAGCACAACCCCGACGGUAAAGACUGGACCUGCCUCGCUCACAAGACCGGCCUGCCCAAGAGAGUCCUGCAGGUGUGGUUUCAAAACGCUCGGGCCAAACUGAGGCGCUCCCUCAGCACAGACGACUCCCAGGUCAACUCGCCCUCUGCUCCCCUGAGAGGCGUCACCGUGGCAACCGCCUCCCCACCCCCAGCCCGCUCCCCUCAGGACCAACCGCAGCCCUUCUCCACCAGCACCAUCGACCACCUGCAGCUGUCCCUGCUCACCGCCCCGCUGAGCAACACGCCGCCCAGCCCGGCCAUCAGCCAGCCUCAGCUGCAAAACCCCGCCUUCUUCCUGGACUACAAUUCCCAGAGUGCACCAGGUAUCUCCUCUCUGGAGGCCUACGAGGACUUUGGGGAGGCAGGAGGAGGAGCAGAGCGAGAAGCUGAUCCUGAUAGUUCCUUUAGACCACAUUACUGCUAGGUGAGGGACCUUACACUGCCUCAACACUUCAAGAGACAAUCACAUAGCUUUUCAAAAUUAGAGAAAAGUUUAAAUUAUAAUCCUUAAGAUUUCAGGUGAACACCUUUAAUGUGAAGCAACAGUAGAAGGGAUAACUACAUAAGCCCUGAGAGGCAAGUGGGUGAGUUUGUGUAAUACUCAGUUUCACCACUAGAGGCUGAACUGCACCACUGGUAGCCCAGUUAAGACAGGACUGAAAGCACUCAUGUUUUCUUCCAGGUGUUUUUUCUCUGUCACCCAGAACGAUGGGGUUUAAAUUCCAUUUUAUCCACUGAAUGAAUUCACUUUUCAAUUAUUUUCAGAUUUUCCUUUAUUUUGAUUAAAAUCUCUGUGCUGCCUUGAAGGAUUUAAACAAACAAACAAAACAAAAAAAAUCACCUGUUUUCACUGAUGGAAGAAAAAGAUAAAUGAUCCUGGAAAAAAAAAUCUCUCUUGUCUUUCAGGGCCUCCGUAGACCUCAGUAGGAAAUGUUGUGUUAGCAGUAGGAGAGCAAACAGUCGGCUAACUAAUGAGGCUGAUAUCAAUCAGAUCAAAUUACAAACAGUAGCAGUGGAUUACAGCCUGUAUCGAGAAUCCCUCAGGCUUGUGAAGGUAAUUUAAAUCCAGCAAAGUAACAACUGCACAGAGAAAUAAUUACAUGUCUAUAACGGAAAAAACACUGAAAAAUGGGGAUUUACUUUGUGUAAAUCUGAAGGAUUCUAACUCUAACAGAGGUUGUUACCUGUGUGAUAGAGGUGUUUCUGUUUUACGCUUGAGUGGUGAAUAAACCAUCAACUGUUUGACCACAUCCGUCCUCCAGGUUCUGUCUUUGUGCAACACAAGCCACCAGCUUAUUCUCCAACUCCCUGGGUUUACAGGUAGAUGAAAAUGAAUCAGCAAAUAUUCUAAUAAUCAAACAUUUGCUACUUUCAGCCUCUGAUGUUCUGCUUCUGUUUGUCUCUUUGGUUUGGUAAACUGUUUAUCCUCUCUGGAAACUAAAAAUCUGGAGACUCUACUUUUGGCUUUGUGAAACUGUUUUUCAAUCACCUGUAAUUUAA